AAUUGCUUUUUCUCUUGUUUCGCUAUAAUAUAAUAGCACCUUACCAACACUAGUACGUGUUAUAAAUGUCACCACACAGAAAAUGUCAAAAUCUCGCUGCUUCUUUCAUCGUUUGUAUACGGACGGCAUUAAAAUCAUUUUGUGGUUGAAUACUAUUCGAGUUUUAUAUAUAAUAAGAUGGAUCUAAGGCCAAAUCAAACGAUUUAUAUUAAUAAUUUAAAUGAAAAAGUUAAAAAAGAGGAACUCAAAAAAUCUCUUUAUGCUAUAUUUUCACAAUUUGGACAAAUACUGGAUAUUGUCGCUUUGAAGACACUGAAGAUGCGUGGUCAGGCUUUUGUAAUAUUUAAAGAAAUAUCAAGCGCUUCAAACGCAUUGCGUACAAUGCAAGGCUUUCCAUUUUAUGAUAAACCAAUGCGUAUAGCAUAUGCCAAAACUGAUUCAGAUGUAGUAGCGAAGAUUAAGGGUACCUUUAAGGAAAGACCAAAGAAGAUCAAACCUCCGAAACCGGCACCAAAUGCUGAAGAGAAAAAAGACAAAAAGAAAAAAGCUUCAAAUGCUGAAAAUGCAAAUCCUAAUGCACAAACAGAACAACCCCCGAAUCAAAUUCUUUUCCUUACAAAUCUGCCAGAGGAAACAAAUGAGAUGAUGUUAUCCAUGUUGUUUAAUCAGUUUCCUGGUUUUAAGGAGGUACGUUUGGUACCCAAUCGACAUGAUAUUGCUUUUGUAGAGUUUUCCACUGAAUUGCAAAGUAACGCUGCAAAAGAAGCACUACAAGGAUUUAAAAUAACACCAUCGCAUGCAAUGAAAAUCACAUUUGCUAAAAAAUAGUUAAAUUUACGUGUAGUUUUUACAGUAAUAAAUAUUGUAUUAUAAAUUUUACUAUUACA